AUGGAUAUUGAUGAAUACUCAAGAGAUCGUUCUCGUUCUCGUUCUCGUUCUCGUUCUCCUGUGAGAGAUAGAGCAAGAAAUAACGAAGAAGGAGGACACUCGGGAUCGACUACUUCCAGCGGGAGAGAAUCAUAUGGUAAAAGAGACUAUAGUAGCUCUUCCGGAUAUAGAGGAAGAGACUCCUACGGAAGUAGUAGGGACUCGUAUGGUUCGAGUAGCCGCGGUGGUGGAAGAGGUGGUUACGGUAAUGGAAGAGACUCGAGGAACUUCAACAGUAGUCGUGGAAGUUACCGCGGCGAUGACUUGUCCUCUUCCUCGUCUUCGUUCCGUUCCAAGUCAGAUAGAAACUAUGAUAAUUCUAUAUUUAUUGGAAAUAUUCCAUUUGAUACUCUGUCCAAGGAUAUUGAAAAUGUAUUUGGAGAUGAGUUCAAUAUUGUUAGAGCAGAUAUUGUUACCAGAGAAGGUAGAUCUAGAGGGAUGGCCACUGUUGAAUUCAAGACUAAAGAAGAUGUUCUCAAAGCGAUAGAAAAAUAUGAUAAAUAUGAAUACCAAGGAAGACAAAUGUUUGUAAGACAAGAUUAUCCGCCACCACCACCGAAGAAAGAUUACGGAUAUGGAGGAUAUGGUGGAAGAGGCCGAGGAGGGUAUGGAUUCGGCGGGGGGAGAUAUGACGAUAGAUCCUAUGGUGGUGGUGGUAGUGGUGGUGGAAGAGGAGGUUAUGGAUAUAGUGGAAGAAACGAUUAUAAACCCUCAUUGCCUCCAAUCAAGCCAGGAACAGAGGUGUUUGUUGGCAACUUGCCAUUUUCAAUCAAUUGGCAAGCUUUGAAGGAUAUAAUGAGAGAAGCAGGUCAAGUAGUUCGAGCAGAUGUCAGAUUGGACGACUGGGGAAGAUCCAGAGGUUUUGGUACUGUUGUUUUUGAGACUCCAGAAGAAGCUAAUGCCGCUGUUGAAAUGUUUCAAGGUUAUGAAAUAGAAGGAAGGAAAUUAGAUACUAGACACGGACGUUCAUCACAUGACUUUGAAGGAGGUUCCAGAGGCUAUCCAGAACGAGGAGGAGGUUCAACAGCAGCCGCAGCCGCAGCCGCAGGACCAGGACCAGGACCAGGACCAGGACCAGGACCAGGACCAGGAGGAGUAAGAGGAGGAAUAGAAGGAGGUUCAUCAGCUAUUCAAGUAGGCAAAAACACCGAGUUUACAGAAGGUGUAACUGGAGGCAAUGAAACUUCAGGCGAUACUAUUUAUGUUGAAAAUUUACCAUAUAGCACACAAAGAGACGAUUUAUUUGAUCUUUUUGAAACUGUUGGUAGAGUUGCUGAGGCUCAGAUCCAAUAUCAGGCCGAUGGAAGAGCCAGUGGUAAUGCUGUUGUGCAAUUUGAAUUGCCUGAAUUGAGUGAUAAGGCUAUUAAUGAAUUACACAAUUAUGAAUAUGGUGGAAGGAAUCUCAAGAUUAGCCAUGCCGUUAGACCAAAUACUCAAGAAUAA